CUUCGGAUAGAUACCGUCCUCCCCGUCGUCUCAUAGCUUGACGAUAUACAGGCAGCAGGCUUAUUCCACCGAGCAUAUGCAGAGUGCUGCCAAUGGAGAAAAAAAAAAUUGCCGGUUUGCUUACCUCGGUGAUGGCCGAGUCGAGUCGAGGCAAGCAGAUCCGGCCAGCAUCGUCUCAAUAAGCCUCCAUCAUCACGAUACGUACGGAGCAGGUGAUGAGCGCAGACGCCACCCAUUUGCCUCGUAUUGCUACUAACUUAAAAUAUCCUUGAUUUGCUGAGCGAUGAACAGCUGCCAUCUGUUAGCCUCAGCACCAUCUAAGCUGGAGCUGGAGCUUCUGGGUCCGCUAACCGACAAGAUUUAACACUCCGUGACGCCGUUGCCGAUAGUGCGGGCACCCCAGAUGAGAGAGGAUGCUGUUCUAUAGUGGUACCGUAGCAGUCAAUCAUGCGCUCUCAUGGCUCCGGAAGAACAGCUACUUUGCUGCUUGUCAAUUCUCGCCUGACUUUGCCAACAGAUUCCUUGCUCCUCUCCCUCGCCACGGAACUGCCGCCAAUGCUCCGCUGCCCAACCGCCGCGGGUCCCCUGCCACGGCAUUGCACGAUGGUCGUUUGCCCUGCCUCUUUCCUCUUAGCUGCAGCGCUUUUUCAAACACGCUCAGUUUGGCCAGACUGAACCGCACGAUCUAUUUUCUGAAUCCUGGCGAUGCUAUGCUAGCAAGAGCAAGGCCCCCCCAGGAGACCCAUCGCCAGCCACCCGAGAAUCAAAGUCUAGAGGGUCAGAGCGCCACGCACCAUCUUCGCCCUUGACAUUGAGCAGAAAUGCCUGAGCCGGACGCAGUGAUGCUGCUAAUAAACGACCCAACAGGCAAACGGUCUUGCUUGAGAGGCAGUGAACGUGUCCCAGCCUAACCCCGCCUCAGGCUUUUUUGGCCUGCUGAUGUUGCAUUC